GAGUGUGAGGCCCGGAGUUCAUGGUGUUUAUUGGGAUUAUUCCUGGUUCCAGAUCAGGAGGAACAAUCUGAGUUUGAGAAAGAGGACAUUUACUUCUCUGCAAAGGAGUGGGACUGUUUAAAUCAAGAAGAUCUAGUGGUGGAGAAUUACCAGACCCUCGGCUCUCUGGGUGUUUCUGCCAGCAGAAUUUAUCCCAAAGAACAUGACAAAAACAGAAAUGCAAAAAGCAAGAGUAUGAAGAAAUCUUUCAAGGAUCAAGUAUUCAAACUCUCUGAAUCCUGUAUGUCUACAAAUGAGCUAGUAAACAAAAAAAAUCACAUGUUCUAACUGUGAGAAAUGUUUUACCCAUCACUCGAGUAGCUCUUGUUAGGCUUCACACAGCGGAGAUGCCUUUCUCAUGUUUUGUAUGUGUGAAAUCUUUUUUAACUAAAUCAGAUCUUCUUAUACAUCACAGAACUCACACAAAAGAUAAGCCAUUCUCCUGUUCUGAAUGUGGGAAAUGUUUUGGAACUAAAUCAGACCUUAUUUCACAUUUGAGAACUCACACAGGAGAGAAGCCGUUCUCAUGUUCUGGAUGUGGGAAAUGUUUUGCCUUUAAAUCAAACCUUAUUAGACAUAAGAGAACUCACAUAAGAGAGAAGCCGUUCUCCUGCUCUGAAUGUGGGAAAUGUUUUGGAACUAAAUCAGACCUUAUGGCCCAUCAGAGAACUCAUACAGGAGAGAAGCCGUUCUCUUGUUCUGAAUGUGGGAAAUGUUUUGGAACUAAAUCAGGCCUUGUUUCACAUUUGAGAACUCACACAGGAGAGAAGCCGUUCUCAUGUUCUGAAUGUGGGAAAUGUUUUAGCCAUCAUUCAAACCUUGUUGUACAUCAGAGAACUCACACAGGAGAGAAGCCUUUCUCCUGUUCUGAAUGUGGGAAAGGUUUUGUCAAUAAUUCAAAGCUAAUUAUUCAUCAGAGAAUUCACUCAGAAAUUAAUCCGUUCUCCUCUUCUAAAUGUGCACAAUAUUUUGUAUUUAAAUCAGAACUUAUGGCACAUCAGAGAACUCACACAGGAGAGAAGCUGUUCUCAUGUUCUGAAUGUGGGAAAUGUUUUGGAACUAAAUCAGAACUUAUGGCACAUCAGAGAACUCACACAGGAGAGAAGCCAUUCUCAUGUUCUGAAUGUGGGAAAUGUUUUAGCCAGCAUUCACACCUUGUUUUACAUCAGAGAACUCACACAGGAGAGAAACCAUUCUCAUGUUCUGAAUGUGUGAAAAGUUUUGCCUGUAAAUCAAACCUUGUUAGACAUAAGAGAACUCACACAGGGGAGAAGCCGUUCUCCUGUUCUGAAUGUGAGAAAUGUUUUGGAACUAAAUCAGAACUUAUGGCACAUCAGAAAACUCACACAGGAAAGACGCCGUUCUCCUGUUCUGAAUGUGCACAAUAUUUUGUAUGUAAAUCAGACCUUAUUUCACAUUUGACAACUCACACAGGAGAGAAGCUGUUCUCAUGUUCUGAAUGUGGGAAAUGUUUUAGCCAGCAUUCACACCUUGUUGUACAUCAGAGAACUCACACAGGAGAGAAGCCAUUCUCAUGUUCUGAAUGUGGGAAAUGUUUUAGCCAGCAUUCACACCUUGUUGUACAUCAGAGAACUCACACAGGAGAAAAGCUGUUCUCCUGUUCUGGUUGUGGUAAAUGUUUUGGAACUAAAUCAGAGCUUAUAGCACAUCAGACAACUCACACAAAAGAGAAGCCGUUCUCCUGUUCUAAAUGUGGGAAAUGUUUUGGAGCUAAAUCAAACCUUAUUUCACAUUUGAAAACGCACACAGGAGACAAGCCGUUCUCAUGUUCUGAAUGUGGGAAAUGUUUUGGAACUAAACCAGGCCUUAUUUCACAUUUGAGAACUCACACAGGAGACAAGCCGUUCUCCUGUUCUGAAUGUGGGAAAUGUUUUGCCUUUAAAUCAAACCUUGUUGUACACCAGAGAACUCACACAGGAGAGAAGCCGUUCUCCUGUUCUGAAUGUGGCAAAUGUUUUGUCGAUAGUUCAAAGCUUGUUAGACAUCAGAGAACUCACACAAAAUAGGAAUUUUCUGAUGUUCUGAAGUUGUAAAAUGUUAUAGUUACAUACUGAUUUUAAAAAGAAGUAAAUUUUUUUAAAAUGUAUUUUUGAAAUGCAUAGUUAGUCAAACAAGAUUACAAUGACAGUUUUGCAAAUAUAGGCUUGUCAAUAAACGAGACAGUAG